AGCGAAGAAGAAAGAGUGCGCCCGAGACCUGGUGUGUUUGUUCCGCCAUCUUGGACGCCACAGACAGAGCAUAGAGCUGCUGAAAUUUUGCGACGGGUCAAAAUGGAUCAGUGCAAACUCGAGAUGAAAGAAGCCGUGGACGUUUAUCAAGACCAAAACAAGAGCGAUACGAAGCAGCAGGACCUGAGUUUAACCGAGCAGCACCGGUCCACUAGCGGAGGUGAGGAGGAGCAGCAGGACCUCGAUCCCUCUGGUCCCACUGACCAACAGAAACACCAAGGAAGAAACGCUUCAAGGCUGUAUACCUGUCAACAAUGUAACCAAGCCUUCACCAGACUAUCUGAGCCAAAGAAUCGUCGGAGGAUUCACUCUGGAGAUAAACCAUACAACUGUGAUCAGUGUGGAAAAGGAUUCUCCCAUGCUAGUUACUUACUGGUACGCCAACAGGUUAAAACUGGAGUAAAACCUCACAAAUGUGAAAAGUGUGGAAAAGAGUUUAAUUACCCCAGUCAGUUACGUGCACACCAAAGUGUUCACACUGGAGAGAAACCUCACAAAUGUGAAAAGUGUGGAAAAGAGUUUAAUUACCCCAGUAAGUUAAGUGCACACCAAACUGUUCACACAGGAGAGAAACCUUACUCAUGUGGACAGUGUGGAAAAGCAUUCUCUCUGCUCAGUAAGUUACAUUCACACCAACGUGUUCACACUGGAGAGAAACCUCACAAAUGUGAACAGUGCGGAAAAGCGUUUAUUCACCCCAGUCAGUUACGUACACACCGAAGUGUUCACACUGGAGAAAAACCUUACUCAUGUGGAGAGUGUGGAAAAGCGUUCUCUCGGCUCAGUUGCUUACAUUCACACAAACGUGUUCACACUGGGGAGAAACCUCAUGAAUGUGAACAGUGCGGAAAAAUGUUUGCUACGCUCAGUAACUUACGCACACACCAGCGUGUUCACACAGGAGAGAAACCUUACAAAUGUGAACUGUGCAAAAAAACGUUCAGUCGACUCGCUCACUUACUUGGACACAGACGUGUUCACACAGGAGAAAAACCUGAUAAAUGUAAACAGUGCGGAAAAAUGUUCACUACGCCCAGUAUCUUACGCACACACCAGCGUAUUCACACAGGAGAGAAACCUUACAAAUGUGAACAGUGUAGAAAAACGUUCACUCAGCUCAUUAACUUACUGAAACACAGACGCGUUCACACUGGAGAGAAACCUUUCACAUGUGGACAGUGUAGGAAAGCAUUUUCAAGCUUCAGUCACCUAAUGACGCACCAACAUGUUCACACUGGAGAGAAACCAUACUCAUGUGAACAGUGUGGAAAAGUUUUCUCUCACCCUAGUAGCUUACGUUCGCACAAACGCGUUCACACAGGCAUGAAAUUUCACUCAUGUGAACAGUGCGGAAAAAGAUUCCGUCAGGCCAGUUACUUACUGUUACAUAAAGGUGUUCACACUGGAAAGGAUCCUCUCACAUGUCAACAGUGUGGAAAAAAGUUUGCUAACUUCAGUAAUUUACAUCAACACCAACGUGUUCACACUGGAGAAAAACCUUACUCAUGUGAGCAGUGCGGAAAAGCAUUCUCUCAGCUCAGUAACUUACGUACACACCAACAUCUUCACAACGGUGAGAAACCUCACACAUGUGAGCAGUGCGGAAAAGCAUUCUCUUCGCUUGGUCACUUGCGUACACACAAAAAACGUGUUCACAUUGUAGAGAAACCCCACACAUGCGAGCAGUGCGGAAAAGCAUUCUCUACGCCUAGUCACUUGCGUACACACCAACGUGUUCACACUGGAGAGAAACCUCACACAUGCGAGCAGUGCGGAAAAGCAUUCUCUACGCUUAGGCACUUGCAAACACACCAACGUGUUCACACUGGAGAAAAACCUUACUCAUGUGAACAAUGCAGAAAAGUAUUCUCUCAGCGCAGUAGCUUACGUACACACCAACGUGGUCACACUGGUGAGAAACCUUAUUCAUGUGAAGAGUGUGGUAAAGCAUUUGCUUGGCUUCACUACUUACUGCGACACAAACGUGUUCACACUGGAGAGAAACCUUACUCAUGUAUACAGUGCGGUAAAGCAUUCACUCAGCGCAGUAUUUUACUGAGACACCAAUAUAUUCACAUUGUAAAGAAUUCUCACGUGAACAUUGCAGAAAAGUGUUCCCUUGGCUCACAAGUUUAAAAUUACACCAGUGGAGAGACACAUUACAGGUGUGAAAUGUGUGGAAAAGCUCUGGGGUCGGUCACUAAAAGGAGACUGCUUUUCAAGCCAAAGAUUGACUUUGAUGUCUCAAUAAGUUUUCAUGUCAAAAAGCUCUGUAGAUUGUCCACACUGCUCAUUUCAAAUUAUGUUGUUUAAAUUGCACUUGUACCAUGCUUAUUUUGUGUAUAAAUAUAAACCAUGUCUAUGUAUAUACUCUUGAAUAA